UCAGACACGCGCAAUGAUAGCCGGAAGCAUCGAUGGGAGGAAAAUAAAAAUCGAUUAAAUCCACUGUAAUUUGCGAGUAUAAAUCUUUCGCUUACUGUCCUUUUAGCGAUCGCGGGCUCGAAUUUUUCAGUCUUUUACACUAUGACUGUGCCGAAGGGGACGACAGAGAGCAGGAAAACCUGGUCUAUUUGAACGAAGUUGCUCGGUAGGGGUUUAGCUGACGUGUGGAGAAGUUGAGACUGCCAGAGAGCAGAUAAACAAACAUAAACAAGCAGAGAUCAGCUGGACGCCUGUCCGAACCGAACCAGCAGCACGGAGGCAUGGCAGGGAGAGCCAGAAUCCUGUUUUAAACCCAAGAAUGAUCCGCAGGAGACCGUGACUUUUACUGAUAUUUGCUCCAUGUCAACUGUCAACACUGGCACACAAAGAAUUUCGGAAACACAACACGAGGAGCAGCCAUAGGCUUUAGCAGGAAAAAUAUCCACUGCUACUGUCACUGUGUCGUUGUCAAGGCAUAGCCAGGUUAGCAUGGACAGCCAAUGAGUUUACCCUGCAGGGCUCAGCUGUAAGGAAGCGAACACACAUUACAGUGCAAGGAGACAGAGAAGAGUGGAAAUAACAUGGCCCACCAGGCAACCCCUAGUUCCCAGAAGGCCCUCAUGAUGGAGCUGAAGUCUCUGCAGGAGCAGCCAGUGGAGGGCUUCCGCAUCACUCUGGUGGAGGAGUCUGACCUCUACAACUGGGAAGUGGCCAUCUUCGGUCCCCCCAAUACCCUGUAUGAGGGAGGCUACUUUAAGGCUCACAUCAAGUUCCCAGUUGACUACCCAUACUCCCCACCGACCUUUCGCUUCCUCACCAAGAUGUGGCACCCCAACAUCUAUGAGAAUGGAGAUGUCUGCAUCUCCAUCUUACACCCCCCUGUUGAUGAUCCUCAGAGCGGGGAGCUUCCCUCUGAAAGGUGGAACCCCACCCAGAAUGUCAGGACCAUCCUGCUUAGUGUGAUCUCUCUGCUCAAUGAGCCAAACACCUUCUCCCCAGCCAACGUGGAUGCCUCAGUUAUGUUUCGCAAGUGGAGGGACAGCAAAGGCAAGGAUAAGGAGUAUGCAGAGAUUAUCAGGAAGCAAGUAAUGUCAACAGCAGCAGAGGCUGAGCGUGAUGGCGUCAAGGUGCCGACCACGCUGGCCGAGUACUGCAUCCAGACCCGGGUUCCUUCUCAGGACCGCAGUUCAGACCUUCUCUACGAUGACCUCUAUGAUGACGACAUGGAAGAGGAGGACGAGGAGGAGGACGAAAGCGAGAUGGAGUCCGUAGGUGAAGCCGGGGGGAUCGGCAGCGUGGAGGAUGGCGGGACGUCCACCAGAUGUUACGACAACCAGGACGACUCCGGCAACGAAGACUCGUGAUGAUCUGGAUGAUAACUCCUUCCUGCCAACUCCACCACCCUUCAUCUUUUAUUUUUUCAGUGUGUCUGUCUGUGUGUAUGUGUAUAUGUUUGCACAUACAAUGGGGUCAAAAGACUACUGCCAAAAACUUUUCAUCAUUUAUUAAACUACUACAAACGUUGAGUCAAAUAAUAUUCCUCUGAUGCUGUCUGAUGCUUCAGCCAAACGUUGUCGCUACAGUUCUCGCUGAAAGCAGAAUUUGGUGUUUCUACCGUUUGCCUUAAUUACAGCUUGCACUCUGCGUGGCAACAAAUGAUUUAUUACUCCAGCACUGGUUGAGAGUAUCCGGAGAGUGUUUAUGAUUUGAUGAUAUAUUUCACAUUCACUGUGCCAUUGAAGAGUUUGAGGGUUGAGCCUUUUCCACAUUAAUAUACAGUAAGCCACAAAGAUGGCCUGUGUCAGCAGACUUGAACAUUAGAGUACUUCUCUAUUGUUAGCAUGUGUUCAAUCAUGUCAUGGCUACAAAGUGGAAGAUGCCUUGUUGUAUCACACUGUCAUUCAAACAGUUGCUCACAUACCUUACUUUAUGUUGCUUGGUUGCAGCCCUUAAGUUUAGUGUUGUCCACGCUAAACCGGACAUUUUGUCAUUAAUGGAGUGGUUUGUCAGAGUCUCUACCUGGUUUGGAUUACAACACCUUGGCUUUAGGAAAAUCAGUUUAGCCUGAAGCGGCAAUGACAUAAAUAUUACUGUGUAGUACGAGUACACAUAUAUUCAUAUUUGAAUCCUACCAUAUACAGUAUAUCAUUAUUUACUGAUGCACAUCUCCCAAAGCUAAAAGAAUACUUGUAUUGAUUUUGAAUAAUAUUAAAACUUUACUCGAAAGUUGUAAGUGUAAGUAAACAAAUUGUUUUAGCUUUGAUAAAUGAUGAAAACAAAUAGUCCAUGUGGUGGUCUCUUGAACUCCACUGUUGUUGGCCAGCUCCAUGACAGAGUGUUUGGUUUUGUGUUGAAAGAAAGGUUGGAUCCAUCCACUGUCUUUCAUUGUUGCUGUUUUUCUGUUUCUUUGGCCGACACUCUCUUCACUUGUAUUUUCUCAGAUGGCUCACACAGUCUGGUUAAUGGACACUUACCCCUUUGGCUCAUUAGCCAGUCGAGGAGCUGGUCGGUUUGUCCCGUCGCCGUUGUUCAUCCCCCCCCCCCCCCCCCCCCCCCCCCCCCCCCCCCGGCAGAAUAUCUCUGUUGUUAACGCCUGCCUGUUCAACUUUGAUGCAAUCAACCUAAACGUGCAAACACAGGCUCUGGCGUUCCACCUUCUUGGGUACACCUUCACCAUUUCUUCCUCAUGAUCACACCGUUAUUUCAUUAAGGGUAGGGGGGAGUGUUCUUGCGUCACCUCCUGCACCUCUCUCUGCCUCGUAAACCUCAGGGCCUCAACAGACUUUCACUGAGAGAGGAAAAAGCAAAGAGAAUCUUAAGAUACACCUGCUUCACCUCCGCCUCCUUUUUCUUUAUAUCUCACUUGGUCUUAUUAGAGGGCUAAGAUUGCUCUGAAAGUCUCCAAUCCCACUUUUAGCAUUUACAAAUGGCUGAAUGUUGCUGUUAGUUCAGAUUGGAGUCCUUUAAGUUGUUUUGUUCUUGGUUGGAUAAAAAAAAUCAAAAUGCAUCUCUUUGUCCCCAACGCAAUGCUCGCCUUAUUUUGCGAUAUAUGUGAAAAUGUUCCGUUUCUUCUUUUUUUUCUUUUUUUUUUUUUGCCCUGUGACUCCCAGCUCAUGCCUCAUUGCAACUUAGUGAAAACUGGAUGUUGUUACUGUGCCACACCACAUCCAGAAUCUUGUUUAUCGACAGGGACAAGAUCAACAUGCAGCUUGGAUACACAUUUGCAUUUGAAUGAAUACGACACUGAUUGCCUGUUAUCCGUGUGUGUGUGUGUGUGUGUGUGUGUGUGUGUGCGUGUCUGUGUGUAUAUUUACCUUUAGUAUUCAUAUUGACUAUGAUGUCAGGGUUUUCCUUGUUUCAGUAGUCCAGUUGAUGAACCAUUCAGUGUGUAUGCACUUUGUCUCAGUGCUGUUUCUGGAGGAUUUGACUGAUUAAAAAAAAAAAACCCAACACACUGAACAACAUCAUGUGACUAAUUACUUGUGCUACAUCAAGUAAAACGCACAUUUGGAGCUACAUUUUAAGAAUCUGUUGCCCGAUGAAUGCAGUGGAGCGCUGGGGUUGUGGCUCCAAUGGAUGGAUUUUAUGCCAAGGAAAACAAGGCCAGCCCCACAACCAUUCAUUUUAAAGACUACGGAGGAAUGGCUGCAUGUAAUGGAUUUAAUACAGAUUGAGUAGACUCUUAAAGGGACACCUUUUGGAUUUCAAUGUGAAGCCAGAGGAGUGAAAUAUUUUCUCCUGGCCCUGUGCUCUGGAGGCUCACAGAGACUGGAUUCUGUUGAGAAUGGGGACAAACAAAAUUCACUCCUAAAGACUUUUAAUGGAUCUGAUAUUGUGGCACAAGAAGACGUGGAAAUAUGAUGGAGAUUCUGAACUUUUCUUGUUGUGGUCACCUUUUCGCCCAUCUGUUACCAUAUAGAAAGAAGUAAGAUCAGUAGUAAACAAUGGAAAGCACCAAUCUUGUGUGUCUGGUAAAGAAACAGCUGCCCAUUUUGGGGAAAUGCACACUUUCUGAUGCUGAGGUCAGAUUCGAGGAUUGAUAUCAGUGUCUAAAUUUGGGACUUGAAUCAGAGCAUAUUAAUUUUUUUUGUUUGUUUAUUUAACAAAACAUCUUUAAGAAAUGCAAAAUGAACUCUUUGUGGUUUUACCUGGUUUAUAUGUGGGACUCUGUUUUGAUCAGGAGACGUGACUUCCUGAAGCCGUUGUAUCAAUCUUCUAGUCUUAGACUCAGCAAGAAAGCAAAUAAGUACAUUUCGCAAAAUGUCACGAUUGCUUUAAAGCCAAGUUUUUUGCCUUCCACCCAAAAUCUAGAAAUUUGAAUCCACAUUAGAGAAAAGAAUAGAUUUAGAGUAGCCCUUCUGAUAGCAAUUUGAUGAUCAAUUUGAAUGUUCUUCAGUAUUACAACUCUCCACUUCUUAAAUAAAACGUAUGCCUUGUUUUUAUCCUGAGGGCAGGUGGCGAAAUGCUGAGGAGGCCACGGACUUUUAAUUAAAAAAGAAAAAAGAGAAAGAAAUGAUUAAUUAAAAUGGGCCGUGGCCCAUCAUCCACACACAGUUGAAUACAAAACUGAAUGAAAUCAAUCCUUCAUUUAUUCUGUGUGCAGGUGAGUGUGAAUCACAAACGUGUAUUUUCUAAAGCGUGGGCCGACACAGCGAGGUCACCCUGAGGCGAUCGCAUGGUCGCACAUGAGCUGUCCACAAUGCUGCCACAGUGUGUCCAAACCUAUUGAUGUUUAUGCUGUCUUUGUUGGCUUCAUCUUAUUUCAUUUUCCCCCACCUCAUUUUGUGUUUGUCAGGAUGCAAAUGUCACUCAAAGUUUCUAUUGUUAAAAAGAAGAGAAAAAAAAAGGAAAAGAAAAUUCGCUUGUUGGGUUGUUUCCAAUAUGGCUCAGAUCUCUGUUGCUGCUAAGCCCACAUGUCACGGAAAACAGACAACACAGCAAGUUUGAUUUUUGACUAAAAUUAGGAGUGAUAUGCAAAUGGACAGUAAUGGUGGUUAAGUUUGAAAAUCUUAAGAAAUAAAACAGUAUGUCAUCAAAGCCUA